AUGACCGUGCUUAAUAAAUGGGAUAACAAGGAAAUAUGUUUGCUGAUUGAAAAACCAUCAGAAGAAGAAGUGAAGAUAGGACUGGAUAUGCUAAAAAAUGGAAAAACACUGGAAGAAGAUGAAAUAGUAUUUGACUGUUUAAAAAAGGGAAGCCAAGGUCUGCUGAACCAGCUCCACAAACUUCUGAACACAAUCUGGAAACAAAAAAAGAGAUACCCGAAGCAUGCCCAGCAUACGACUCAAUCAACAGAGAAAAAUUAUGGGGUCAUGGACCAGCUAGGAAUAUCAACCAAGUUAACCACAUUAAUAAAUUCGUGCACAUAUAACUCAAAAAGUAAAAUUAGUUUUGGAAGAGAAUUAUUUGAGGAGUUUCCGGUAACGAUUGGUCUCAGACAAGGCGAUGCUUUAUCACCCGCACUGUUCAAUAUCACCCUAGAAUCAGUUAUGAGGUUAGUAAUGUCCCAAGCCAAGGGCAUAUAA